CUCUCUCAUUAACAACCAAACCCCAGACGUCUUCCUCAGAAAGAAAGAAAAACCUAAAUCCUUCACUUUCUCUCUCCAAUUCCCAACUUUCUCUCUGAAGAAUCCCCUACCUGUGGUGAUGGAAGAUACCGGCUCCGUCUUAAUCGAUCAAACCUACGAAUUCUCUGCUCCGCAAUUCUUCGACUUUAUUAAUGGAGAGUCGGAGGCGGAAACGAGGAACGCAGAGCUCUGGUUCGACACCGCCAUCAGCCAUGCGCCUUCCCCUUUUAUGCCUAGAAUCAAGACUGGUAGAUCUGUUGUGACAGAGAGUUUAUUAUGUGAUUUUAGUGAAGCAGACCAGCCACAGAAGGAGGUCUCCCAAUCAGCAGACUCAACAGUUACUAACUGUGCCUCGGAAACCAAGCCUCAAUCAGAGAUGAUGCCUGCUGAAAUCAAGGAAGAAGAAUUAACCCCCAAUGAGGCCAAGGAAGAAAACAAUGCAAGCCUUGUCAAUCUGGUUUCUGCAGAUGAAGAGGCUACAAAAGAUGACAAAGGUGGUGUAUGUACCCUAGAAAAUGGAAGUGCUUCAACCGAAGGAGCCUCGUCUGCUGUGGAAAGAAAAACUAAUGACAACAAGAGUCUACUGUCACUUCAAGUGGAAACUGAAGCUUGCACCCCUAAGCAACCAACAAUUUCUCAUAAAGAAAACCAGACUGAUUUGAAGAACCUGAAGGCUGAAAAGAUAAGAGGAACUGAAGCCUGCACCCCUAAACUACCCAUGACUUCCCAAAAUGCAAACCUGACUGAUUCAAAGAAGCACCAGACAGCUAAAAAGAUAGCUAGUUUGGUUAAAAAUCCAUCUGCAUUGAAGCCAAAAAAUCAUUCUCAAUUGUCACAAGCUAAAGGCAAACCACCAUCCAGUGUGAGAAGGGACCCAAGGGUAAAAAACCCUACGACGACCCAUAAUUUAGCUCAAGAAUACCAGGCCAUUAAGCGGCAGAAGCUGGAAGGAGGAAAAACUAGACAGAUUCUUAAUGUCAAACCACAAAAUUUGCCCCACAAGGGCAGUUCCAACCUGUGCCCUUCAACUGCCAAAACCAGUAAAGAGGACAGAAAGGUUUAUGUCCGAGAAGCUGCAGCUCCAUUCGUUUCAAUGGCAGAAAUGAUGAGAAAGUUUCAAUCCAAUACAAGAGGGAUGUCACUGCCAAACCUCAACAGUUCUCUUUCACAUGGUGAUGCUACUUCUAUCAUCCAGAGGAGACCCAAGCUCACAUUAACCAGACCCAAGGAACCUGAACUUGAAACAACUAAUCGGGUUCGUUCAGUCAGAGUAAAGAGCACUGCUGAGCUUGAGGAAGAGAUGAUGGCUAAGAUUCCAAAAUUCAAGGCUCGACCACUAAACAAAAAGAUUCUGGAAGCUGCAACCUUACCUGCAGUUCCAAGAAGUGUACCCCAGCUACCAGUAUUUCAGGAAUUUCAUUUGGAGACAAUGACGAGGGCCAAUCAGAAUGCAGAAUCUUCUACAGUAGCCUCAACUGAAUCUUCUUCUCUCCAGAAUCAUCAGUGGAAUCCUCAUCACCUAACUGAACCUAAAACCCCGCUUCUUCAAACAUCAUUGCGAGCACGUCCACCCCGGGUGAAAAGUUCUGUUGAGCUUGAGCAGGAGGCACUCGAAAAAGUUCUUCCAUUCAAGGCCAGGCCUUUGAAUAAGAAGAUAUUUGAAAGCAAAGGGGGUUUGGGCAUAUUCUGUAACACAAAGCGGCAAGUGACUAAGCCUCAAGAAUUCCAUUUCGCGACAGAUGAAAGGAUUCCACCACCACAAGCCUCUGUUACUGAUCUUUUUGAUAAGCUUUCUUUGAAUUCAGAACCUCACCGGGACAAUCAUCCAAUCCCAAGAAUCACCAAACCGAAUCCAUUCCAUCUCCACACGGAGGAAAGAGGAACUGAGAAAGAAACAAAAUUCGUGAUGAAGGUGAUGGAAAAAGAGAUGGAAGAGGAAAAAGCAAGGGUUCCCAGGGCCCAUCCAUAUCCAUACACCACUGAUUACCCCGUGAUCCCUCCCAAACCAGAGCCUAAGCCAUGUACAAAACCAGAACCAUUCCAACUGGAGAGCCUGGUGAGGCAUGAAGAAGAAAUGCUGAGGGAAAUGGAAGAAAGGAAGAGAAUGGAGAAGGAAGAGGCUGAAAGGAGGAGGUUCAAGGCGCAGCCAGUCUUGAAAGAGGACCCAAUUCCACUUCCAGAGAAAGCAAGAAAACCCCUGACACAGGUUCAGGAAUUCAAUCACCAUGUAGAUCAUCGAGCUGUGGAUAGAGCAGAAUUUGAUGAAAGGAUCAAGGAGAAAGAACAAAUGUAUAAGAGAUACAGAGAGGAGAGCGAGUCAGCAAGGAUGAUGGAGGAAGAGAAGGCGUUGAAACAGUUGAGAAGGACACUGGUUCCACAUGCAAGGGCGGUGCCCAAUUUUGAUCGUCCUUUCUGCCCUCAAAAGUCUUCAAAGGAGACAACCAAAGCAAAGUCCCCUUACUUGCGUGUGCUCCAAAGAAAAGAAAGGAGAAAAAUGACCUUGGCUACUGCCACCAGUGCUGCAGCUAAUAUUAUGAGGUGAUUCUUGCCCAGCUGGCUGCACGCGGUGUAGUGUUCAAGAACCCUUGAACUCUUAACAGUUUUCUGACUUCUCCUACAUUUUUAAUGCCAUUUCAUAUGUACUUUGAUUCACAGUAAUUCAAUGUUGUAAUUUUUGACUCAUCAAGAAGCUGGAAUGUGUAGUAUUUUCUUGAUGGGUUCUCAAAAUACUGGAUAGGAGAUAUUCUCCCAAUAUGGGGAAAAAAUAGAACUGUUUUCAGAUAAA